AUGUCAAAUAUAGAUUCAGUUUUAAUUAUCGGUGGUUCCGGUUUCCUCGGAUUGCACUUAAUUCAGCAAUUUUAUGAUAUAAAUCCCAAGCCAGAUAUUCACAUUUUUGAUGUUAGAGACCUCCCAGAAAAACUUUCAAAGCAAUUCACUUUCAAUGUCGAUGACAUAAAAUUCCAUAAAGGUGAUUUAACCUCCCCUAAUGACAUGGAAGAUGCUAUCAAGGAAAGUAAAGCAAAUGUUGUUGUUCAUUGUGCUUCGCCAAUGCAUGGUCAAAAUCCAAAUAUUUACGACAUAGUGAAUGUAAAGGGAACGCGUAAUGUGAUUGAUAUGUGUAAGAAAUGUGGUGUCAAUGUUCUUGUAUAUACUUCUUCUGCGGGUGUUAUUUUUAACGGUCAAGACGUGCAUAAUGCGGAUGAAACUUGGCCAAUUCCAGAAGUUCCUAUGGACGCAUAUAAUGAGACAAAGGCUAUCGCUGAAGAUAUGGUGUUGAAGGCAAACGAUCCAGACAGUGAUUUUUAUACUGUUGCACUUCGUCCAGCAGGUAUUUUUGGUCCAGGGGAUAGACAGUUGGUGCCAGGUCUUAGACAGGUCGCAAAGUUAGGACAAUCGAAGUUUCAAAUUGGUGACAAUAACAAUUUAUUUGAUUGGACUUACGCUGGUAAUGUCGCUGAUGCUCAUGUUUUAGCCGCACAUAAGUUGCUUGACCCAAAAACAAGAUCGGAGGUCUCUGGUGAAACUUUCUUUAUUACCAAUGACACCCCCACUUACUUUUGGGCCUUAGCUCGUACAGUUUGGAAGGCAGAUGGACAUAUUGCUAAGAACAUUAUUGUUUUGAAAAGACCAGUUGCAAUUUGCGCUGGUUACCUUUCAGAAUGGGUUUCCAAGCUGCUGGGUAAAGAGCCAGGGUUGACUCCGUUUAGAGUCAAGAUCGUGUGCGCAUACCGUUAUCAUAAUAUUUCUAAGGCUAAAAAGUUGCUGGGAUAUACGCCAAGGGUAGGUAUUGAAGAAGGUAUCAAUAAAACAUUAGCCUGGAUGGACGAAGGUUUGUAA